UCUCAUCAAUGUAUGAUAUGAUCCACUUCAUUGAAAUGGCCGUCCUACUUUAUCUCAAUUUCACUGCCUACUCUCUCUCUCUCGUAUUUCUCGAACCAAAGAGAGUGAGGAGGUGUCUAUUACUAACUUAGCUCAGAUAUACCAAUCUUUACACCUUUACACUCAGAUUCUGUCACUUCUUUAUUACGCUUUAUAUAUAGAUUUUUGUUAUGCCAUUUGCUCUCUGGUCUCUUUCAACAGUUAAAACUUCACUCCUCUGCUACUCUCCAAGUUCAUCAUUUGAUUCUGGUUGGUUGCUGAGAAAGUGUGGGGAAUUUUAUCUAAAUUUGAAAUUUGAAAGUGAGUUUGUUGUUGCGGGAUUUUGUAAGGAAUGGAGUCUGAGAAUGCUGCUCAAUUGAAGGAUGACAGUGUCAUUGAGGAAACUCAUCCUGAAGAAUCGGCUGUGGUUCCAAUGAAAGAAGAAAAAAGUGCUGCUAAUGGUCAUGGGCCUAUGAACGCGGAAACUUCUGAGCAUGUAGCAAAAGAUGAUGGCCAUCAUUCUUCUGGUGUGGCAAUUAAUGGCAAAACAAAAGUUUCUGAAAGUAAACUCUCAAAUUCCUUGAAGGAAUCAAAGAACAACAAAUUGUCCAAGGGUAAAGCUAAUUUGAAAAGUCCUGGUUCACUUUCUCAUAAUCAGAGGUCAUCACUUUCUCAAAGUCUUUCAUUUCCAGCACGAGGAGUCCAUCCUGAUAAUAUGAGGAAAAGCAUUGAUGGACACCCAUCAAAAACUGUGGUCAAACAGGCCCAAUAUGGCAGUAGAAAAGGUCAGGUUGCUUCAAAUGGAUCAAUCACUUCAAGUUCCCGUUUAACUCAACCCAAUAGGCGAGCGUCCACUGGAAUGAACUCAAAGGAAUCAAAUGUCAAGGGUGGUAAAGCAAUUCCCAGGAGGACUUCUUUAGCAAGUGUGCCCAGCAAACAACAGGCUCCAGAUGUGAAAUCAAGUUCUUUGAAUGAAUCCACCGAUUGCCCUCCCUCUGAGUCAUCUGAGUUAACUGAUCAAAAUUCACAAAAUGUAACGACCACAUUGCUGAGCAAAGAAGAUGAUGACAUCCACUCAACUACUUCAAGCACCACUCCCCGUACACAGAGAGCUAGUAGUUCUGGCUUUUCCUUCAGGUUGGAGGAACGUGCAGAAAAGCGGAAGGAGUUUUUUUCAAUGCUGGAAGAGAAGAUCAAUGCUAAGGAAAUAGAAAAAAGUAACUUGCAGGCAAAGUCAAAGGAGAACCAGGAAGCAGAGAUCAGACAACUAAGAAAGAGCUUGGCUUUUAAGGCUACACCCAUGCCAUGUUUCUACAAAGAGCCUCCGCCAAAAGUUGAACUGAAAAAGAUACCAACCACCCGUCCAAUAUCACCAAAGCUUGGAAGGUGCAAGAACUCAACGUCUUCAGUCAAUGGCCCAAUAGAAGGUGGUGGAUCUUCCCUUAGCCCACGAUACAUGACCAGUCCACGUACUUUGAAACCAGAAUCAAGCAAUUCAACCAAGGGAGCUCAGAGACAUGGCAACAAAGAAACUGUAGCCUCAAAAACACUAAUCAGGAAGUCCCAGACUAAGCUUCCGUCGCAGCAAAGCACAUCCAUUGGAACAGAAGGGAAGACUAAUCCUGUGAACCUUCCUCUAUGUGAGAAUGGAAAUAACAUGCCUGAAAAGAAUUCUGUUCAGGAUGAUGGAUUGAUGUUGAGUCCACCCAACCAUGAGAUCAUGUCCCCUGAAGUCACAGUUGGAGGGUGAGAACAUGAUUCAAAUGCCUUGUAUCUAUAGAUUUUGAUGUUUAAAGUUUCAUAUUGUUGUGAAUAGUCUGGUGCUGUGCUUAUAUUUUGGGCUAUGACAUUUUUUUGGGUACUUGUGGAAGUAAUAUAAAUCUAUAGGUUACAUAUAAGCAUGUAUUCUUCUGUUAAAUCGUAUGAAUUUUUUGUUCUUUUUUAUUUUGGAGAGGGAAAUUCAAUUCUAUGAUAGUUCCAUUAA